AUGAACUUUGAACAAGAAGAUCACCCUCUGAAUAUUUUUGCCAUUUACGGUCAAAAUAACCCUCAUCUUUCGCAAGAAGCAUGGCAUUUGGAGAAGGACCCUGAAGAAUUCACUGGUUUAUCCUGAAAUGAGAAAAGUCUGGAUGUAAAAGAUGAAACUAUUUUGGUAAAUAAUGAGAUACACGAUUAUGCAUACACAGGACUUGAAGAUCGUAAAGAAGAUAGAGAUGAGAUUAAUCAAUCACUAACACUUUUAUCCACCCAGGAAGCAGAUCUAAUUUUUCAUAUUUUGUUAGAUAAUCCUCAUAAUUCUCAAUUUGAACCAGUUUGUGCAAAAUCUAAAACUAAUAGUGAGAUGGAUCUAAGCAAGAAAACAUUUAUUAGGAUGCUAAGACGUUUUUAUUCUAAACUAUUUAAAGAAGAGAAUACUCUUUUGCAAAGAAAGAGGUUCAAAAAUGUUGACUUUAAAAUCCAACUGCAAGCAUGAAAAGAUUUUAACUUUAAAUAUUUUGAUGAUGCCUCAGAUAAUUUUGCAUUUUAUAUGCUAAGGUUAUUAGAUAUGAAGGCCAGAAGAAAGCCAAGCCCCCACCUUCAAAGCGAGUUUGAUGCAAUGACUUUAGUCCAUACCACAAGAUCUUUCUCAAGAGAGAGAUUUAGCCAUUUUCAUGAAUGUGAGUACUUCAGGAAGAUUUUCAUCUAUUUGUACAAAGGUACACUUCCAAACUCAGAGAAGUUAUGAAUGGAGGUGUUAAAGAACAAUGAAUCCAAGACUAUGGCUAAAGAUCAGAGAUCAUUUCUAAAUUUGUUCGAACAAAUGUAUCAGAGAUGAAUAGUUUCAUAG